UUGAUUUGAGCGUUUUAAGACAUUUAUAUCCAAAAUACAUAUAAGAAGAAGUAAAGAAAAGAACUUUCGCGUUUAAACUUUUCCAUACUGAACUAAAUAUUCUUAUAUUAUCAUAUAAUACUUUUGUGAAAGAGAGUAAAAGUUGUUUUAGAAAAUUUGCAAACAACUUCUGGAGGUUGUGUUGCUGUGAAACAGAUUAAAUUGGACUGGUUAUACGUCAAUAUCAGAAUGAACAAUAUACUGUAAAUAGUUUUCGUAAUACAAACAGAGGGUGCAAGUUGCAGCACACUUGGAUAUGAAAGAAAUAAAAACUCUCUAAAUAAAGGCUGUGCAUAUCUGCUUAAAGCAAACAAGAAAAAAUUUACAAACAAGACAAACAUGCCAAAGUUAUAGUAAUUGUGGAAACGAGGAUAGAGCAAGAUGUCUUUCAAGAGCUAUUUUCAUGAAGUGAUUGUGGUCGUCACCAUAAUAUUAUGCGUUUGUUCUAGUGUCAGUAGCACUAAGAACGGGACGUGUGAUAAGGUAAAUAUUCGGUGCCGUAAUGGCGUUAUUUUACCUGCAUGGGUCACACCUGGUAAUGCUGGUGGUACCGCAAGGACUGCUGCAAGAGCUUUUGUUUAUUUAAUAUCUAUGUUUUUCUUUUUCCUUGGCAUUUCAAUUAUUUCUGAUCGCUUUAUGGCGUCUAUUGAAAUCAUUACAUCCAAAGAGAAAGACAUUACUAUCAAAGAUCAUAUUACUGGAAAAAAACAAUUAGUAACAAUUAAAGUAUGGAAUGAGACUGUAUCUAACUUAACAUUAAUGGCUUUAGGAAGCUCAGCACCAGAAAUUUUGCUCUCGGUUAUUGAAAUUAUUGGGCGUGGUUUUGAAGCUGGUGAAUUAGGCCCUUCAACUGUUGUAGGAUCGGCUGCUUUUAAUUUAUUUAUAAUUACAGCGGUUUGCGUGUCCGUGUUGCCACCGGGCGAAGUGCGUCGCAUCAAACAUUUAAGAGUGUUUGCAUUUACUGCAACCUGUUCCGUAUUUGCUUAUGUUUGGAUGUACAUCAUAUUAUCUGUUUCAAGUCCGGGUGUCAUCGAAGUCUGGGAAGGAAUCGUGACAUUGCUUUGCUUUCCAGGCAUGGUUUUAGUAGCCUACCUGAUAGACGUUAAAAUCAAUUUUUACCGUUAUCUUCGCAAGAAGAUACGUAAGCAAAAGAAACAUGGGCAUACCGUUAUUCAAACAGGUGAUGGAGAUGUUUUGGCUGUGGUGUCGGUUAAAGAUGCUAAAGCUGAUACUGAAAAAAAUCAUACUGAGUUUGAUUCUCUUGAUAAUAAAGACAUAGAGUUAUUAGCAUAUAGAGAAGGCGACGAUCCUGAGCAACAUAUGAAUGAGAAAAAACGAAUAGCUAUGGAAGCAUAUCAUAGAGCUAGAAGUAAAGCUCCAGAUGCUGAUGCUACGACAUUACAGCAUUUAGUUGAACAAGAAAACAUGAAACUUCAACAUAAAAGUCGUGCAUUUUAUAGAAUACAAGCUACGCAUCGCAUGACUGGUCAAGGAAACAUUUUGAAACUAAAGUCAGAUAAAAAUUUGGAAGAAAAAAAAGGCGGGCCAAGUAAAGAGCAGGGUUUACAAAUUGAACUAGAAGAGAUAAACGCUAAUGCUAAGAAUGUUGAGACUGAUGGCACGUGUAUUUACUUUCAGCCUUCGGAAUAUACCGUAGUUGAAAGCUGCGGUAUUUGCUAUCUGACUGUUGUCCGAACUGGAAAAGACGUCUAUUGUACAGUUCAUGUUGAUUAUGAAACCUCAGAUGGAACUGCCGAUGCAGGACAAGAUUACGAACAAGCUAAAGGUACUCUCACGUUUAAACCAGGAGAUAAAUCAAAGAAAAUUGCUAUCAAAAUUAUCGAUGAUGAUAUUUUUGAAUUGGAUGAAUAUUUCUUUUGCAAACUUACCGCCAUCCGUGGAGAAAGCACGAAGCCAAGUAUCACUAUCGCUCAACCUGACACGGCGACAAUUACUGUGUUGGAUGAUGAUUACCCGGGUGUUUUUACUUUGGAACAUGAGAAAUAUGAAGUGAUGGAAACGGUGGGUGUUUUAACCGUACGUGUCGUUCGUUUAAUUGGAGCAAGAGGGGUUAUUCGUGUACCGUAUCAUACAGAAGAAGGUAGCGCUAAAGGAGGAGGCGAGGAUUUUGAAGAUUGUAUUGGGGAAGUGGAAUUUGGGGACGAGGAAACAGUCAAAUCCGUUGAAGUCCAGAUUGUCGACCGAGAGGAAUAUGAAAAACAUAGAGUGUUCAGCGUUGUGCUUGGAGAACCGAAGAUGGUACGCUGCGAGACUGCACACAUAUCAAAUUUAGACUCGAUUGAGAAUGACGAGCUUCGAAAGAUUCUAGAGGCUGGAAAACCUGCAUUGGGAGAUCAUACGCGAUGUGAUGUACACGUAGUCGAAUGCAAAGAAUUUAAGAAGACUAUAGAUAACAUGCUAGGACGAGCAAACAUGGCAACUUUCUUGCAAUCAAGCUCCUGGGCAGAACAAUUCAAAGAAGCCUUCCAAGUGGAAGCAGGUGGUGAUGACGAUGAUGAUGAUGAUGAAGGAGAUGCGGAACCGACUUAUUCUGACUACGUUAUGCAUUAUUUAUCAUUAUUUUGGAAAGUAUUAUUUGCCUUUAUACCACCAACAGAUAUUUGGGGUGGGUGGGCAUGUUUCUGGUCAUCGAUUUGCAUGAUUGGAUUAUUAACAGCUGUAACUGGUGAUAUUGCAUCUCAUUUUGGUUGUACUGUUGGUUUGGCAGAUAGUGUGGUGGCUAUAUCAUUUGUGGCUUUAGGAACAAGUCUGCCAGAUACAUUCGCCAGUAAAGUUGCAACCAUAAGUGAUGAGACUGCAGAUGGUUCUAUUGGCAACGUGACAGGUUCAAAUUCUGUAAAUGUAUUUCUUGGAAUUGGUUUGGCAUGGUCGGUUGCGGCAAUAUUCCAUACUGCUAAUGGAGAUGAAUUCAAGGUAGCAUCUGGAUCAUUGGGUUUUUCAGUAAUGAUAUUUUGCAUCGAAGCUGUGGUCUGUAUUGCAGCUUUAAUGUUUAGAAGAUAUCAUAGAGACAUUGGUUCUGAGUUGGGUGGACCAUCUGGGUGGCGUAAAAUUAGCAGUGCAUUUUUUGCUUUACUUUGGAUCAUUUAUAUCGUCCUGUCUGCAUUAGAAACCUAUUGUCAUAUUAAUGUUAAUAUUUAAGAAUUUUAAACGAUACAACAAAAUAAAAGAGGUUCAUGUGCCAAUAGGAAACAUUCACUGUUGAGUUCCAUUUUGUACAUAGUCAUAAAAUAGCUGGUCGUUUUUAUAAUCUCCUUUCUCAUCCAUCAACUGUAAAAAAGAGAAAAGCAGGCUUCUAUCCCUGCUUCAUUGCAAGUUGCAGCAGUGUAAUAUUUUAAUCUUAACAAAACGGUAUUUUGCUUAAAGCUAAAAUGCGUCAUAUUCAGCCUUCUUCUUCAUACUAAUCGUUGACAGUUCUAUAAAGUACGGAUACAACGUUUCCCCCAACGACCGAGUUGUGGUACAUUCAAGUGCUCUUUGUUGCUCGUGAAAAAAAACAUUUGACCGACGUUUUGAUCUGGUAUGCAGUAGUUAGUUUAUAGGAAUUUAAAGCAUUUUAAACUAAACUUUGACCUCGAUCUCAUGUCAUUAUUAUGGCAUUGAGGUUAUCAAAAAGGUUGAUUUUACUGACAUGAAAACUUAUUUAUUUUGAAACUUUUUAUAUGCAAGUCUGCCUGGAAAAUAAACUUGGAAUAAAUUGAAGCAGAAUAUUAUCAAAAUCCUUCAUUUUAACAAAUCCAGGAAGAAUUUAGUGUGUUAUGUUUUUUAUGUGUAUGUAUAAUAAGGCAGCCGAUUGUAUUGCUAUUCGUAAGCAAUAUCGACAAAUACACAGCCUCGUUAUCAAAACAAAAUACACUGCAAAAUAUCUUACCAAUGUGAGCACUACCAACAUACCCUGUAUUUUAAUAAUGUCUUCUAACGUUUUCAUGAUGGUUUUUCAUUUUUUUAGUUUGGAAACGAGGCUGUUAAGAAAUGGCUUUAUUUUUUAUAAAAUUUAGUUUGUGUACAAUGUAGUAAUCUUUUAAAGAAAUGUCAUGUUUAAAUUAA